ACACACGCCUCAAUCAUCCAAGACAAGAAUCAACAGUCCAUUCUCACUUACGUAAACUUCACGAUUAAUCAUCCCUCAAUCAUCAAAAUGAUUGUCUUCCAUUGCUGCCUUCCAUCUGCAACCUGACAAAAAAAGAAAAAGGCUAUGGCGGUUUCUUUACAUUCUUCUGUAGGGUUCCGAUCUGGUUUCCGUCGGAAUUUGAACUUUGUCUGGCCGGAUUAUAGUGCUUUGGCUGUCGGAGGAAGGGUUUUGAGGUUACGGGAUCGUCAGUGUUUGACCGGUGGGUUUCGAGUUCGUUGCGGAGUUGAAGAAGGCAAGAGUGAAAGAAACGGUAAGGAAGCUCCGGAGUCGUUGUUCGUUAAGGAAGUGAACAGAAGAGGCAUGAAGACCUCUUCACUGCCUUCCGGCGGUGAAGAGGAGGAUAGUGGAAUUUCAAAGACAAAUCUAGUGUCAACCGAGAUUGAAAACAGCUUGUCCAAUCAAAGGGAGCGUUCCAUGGCAUUGAACAGCGAAGGAAUUGAGGGUCUCGUUCCCAGGGCUAAACUGCUGCUAGCAACCGGAGCGACUUUCUUCAUUGGAUUUUGGCCGAUUGUUGUUGUAACCGUGGCAUUCUUUUCUGCUCUCUACCUUUACUUCGGCCCGAGUUUCAUCCAUGAUUUCAGCAAGACACAUACGGAACCAUAUUCAUACAUCGAUCCGUCUACCCUCCUGGAAGAUGAAAGGAUUUCGUAGACUGAAGGAUUUGUUUCAUCUGCGCAUCCAAAUUUAAGAAAUGAUGGGUAUUAAAUUUUACAGCUGCCAAGUUGAAUAUUGCUCCUGUAAAACUGAAAUCAGCACCAUAAGGUGACUGAUCCACCUGAAUUUUAUGCUUGGUCAUCUCUAUUUCAUUCA